AGUGCAUCGCGUAGACAACUUAGACCAGUGGUAUUCUUGCAGCACGGUCUCGAGGCGACCAGCUCGGAUUGGGUGAAGAAUCUUCCGGAAAAAUCACUAGGUUUUAUGCUGGCCGAUCAAGGUUAUGACGUGUGGAUGGGGAACUUUCGUGGCAAUGUGUAUUCGAAAGGACACGUGAAACUGGACGCUACACAAAGCAAUUUCUGGCAAUUCACGUAA